UCUGUCCAACGCCAACGGUAACGAAAUUGCACAAGUGUCGAAGCUACAGAUCACAAAAGAAGAGAAAGAUGACGUCACAGAGUCAUGCCCCUGAUGGCGGCGGCAGCGACGGCGACUCGGUCGAGAAUCAAUCUCCUGAGCUCAGGAAGGAUCCGGUAACUAACCGCUGGGUCAUAUUCUCUCCCGCCCGAGCCAAGAGACCGACUGAUUUCAAAUCCAAAUCUCCCCAGAACCCUAAUCCUAAACCUUCCUCGUGCGCCUUUUGCAUCGGUCGUGAGCAAGAGUGUGCUCCGGAGAUAUUUCGUGUGCCAGAUCAUGACCCGAAUUGGAAACUCCGGGUCAUCGAGAAUCUCUACCCGGCUCUAAGUAGGAAUCUCGAGACCCAAGCGAAGCAAGGUGAGACGGGUACGGGUCGGACUACAGUCGGAUUCGGAUUUCACGACGUGGUGAUCGAAUCCCCUGUUCAUUCGAUUCAGCUCUCCGAUAUCGAUCCGGUUGGUAUCGGCGAUGUCUUGAUCGCGUAUAAGAAGAGGAUCGAUCAGAUUGGGCAACAUGAUUCCAUCAAUUACAUUCAGGUUUUCAAGAACCAGGGUGCGUCGGCUGGAGCAUCAAUGAGUCACUCCCACAGUCAGAUAAUGGCUCUACCAGUUGUUCCUCCAACAGUUUCUUCACGCCUUGAUGGUACUAAAGAUUAUUUCGACGAGACUGGGAAAUGUUGUCUUUGUGAAGCUAAGUCAAAACAUUUUGUGAUUGAUGAGUCGUCCCAUUUUGUUUCCGUUGCUCCUUUCGCUGCUACAUAUCCCUUUGAGAUUUGGAUUAUUCCAAAUGAUCAUUCUUCCCAUUUCCAUCAUCUCGAUGACGUCAAGGCUGUUGACCUUGGAGGACUUCUGAAACUCAUGCUUCAAAAGAUAGCCAAGCAACUUAACGAUCCCCCUUAUAAUUAUAUGAUCCACACUUCUCCCCUCAAGGUCACAGAAUCACAACUACCUUAUACGCACUGGUUCUUACAGAUUGUACCGCAGCUCUCUGGGGUAGGCGGGUUUGAGAUUGGCACAGGUUGUUACAUAAACCCAGUUUUCCCAGAGGAUGUAGCAAAGGUUAUGCGGGAAGUUAGCCUUACUUGAAACCGGGUUUUUAGUGUCAAAGGUUCUGAUUGAAAUAAUUCGUGUUGAGUUGUUGGCCUAAUGUGCAGGUCUCUAGAAAACACUAUUCACUGUCUUUUUUCUCCUCUGUUGAAGAGGAGGAUGUUUCAGCUUGAUUCAAAUAACACUGUUGUAAACAAUGCAUGUAGUUCUUCGUAAAACAAAUAUCAUAUACUCUUGAUGUGUUCUUUCC